AUGGCAGAUACUGAAUAUUUGAAAUACAAAGAUCCAAAGCAACCAUUGAAUACUAGAAUUAAGGAUCUUAUUGGUAGAAUGACUUUGGAAGAGAAAAUCGGUCAAAUGCUUCAAAUUGAGCGCACGGUUGCUUCUGCUGAUAUAGUGAACAAGUAUUACAUUGGGAGUCUUCUGAGUGCCGGCGGAAGUGUUCCUAAGGUGAAUGCAACUGCAAAUGAUUGGGUUGAUAUGGUGAAUAAGUUUCAAAAAGGUGCAUUGUCGACUAGGCUUGGAAUUCCAAUAAUAUAUGGAGUUGAUGUUGUUCAUGGUCAUAACAAUGUUUAUAAUGCUACUAUUUUUCCUCACAAUAUCGGUCUAGGGGCUACAAGAGAUCCAAGAUGGGGUAGAUGUUUUGAAAGUUAUAGUGAAGAUCAUAAAAUUGUUCAAGCUAUGACCGAGAUCAUUCUAGGAUUGCAAGGUGAUAUCCCUCCACAUUCACGCAAGGGUGUUCCAUAUGUUGCUGGAAACAAGAAAGUAGAAGCUUGUGCAAAACACUAUGUUGGUGAUGGUGGAACGACAAAAGGAAUCAAUGAGAAUAACACAGUUAUAACAAGACAUGAAUUGCUUAGCAUUCACAUGCCAGCUUACUAUGACUUAAUUAUUAAGGGUGUCUCAAACAUCAUGGGUUUUGUCAUAUCAGAUUUUUUUGGAAUUGACAAGAUAACUUCACCUCCUCAUGCUAACUACACACAUUCAAUUGAAGUCGGAGUAAAUGCCGGUAUUGACAUGGUAAACUAUGUUUUUUUUCAAUUUUGCUGA